AAAUCAGAUUAUAACAAUUGGGUAAAAGGUUGUGGAUGGGUGCCUUAUGGAUCUAUGGAUGUGGAAAAAGCCAAGAAAGCUGCACAGAUUCUGAAUGAGAGAAAAUACAGACAGCAUCCAGAUACUAUUAAGUUUACUUCUGUAGAGGAUGAUCCUGUUAUGGUCCAAGCUAAAGUCAACCAGAAACAGCGGAGUGAUAUUCUAUAUAAAGCUGCUGGAGAAAAGGUUAUUCAUAAAUAUUCCUUACCUGCAGAUGUUCCUGAACUCAUUCAAGCCAGAGUUAAUGCCUAUAACAUAAGUGAUAAUUAUUACAAACAUGGACUGGAAGAACUAAAGUCUAAAGGAUAUGAUCUGAAACCUGACGCUAUUUCAAUCAAAGCUGCCAAAGCUGCAAGACAGGCAGCUAGUGAUGUACAUUAUAAGAAAUCUUAUGAAGCCCAGAAAGGGAAACUCGUUGGUUUCCGAAAUCUACAAGACGAUCCUAAGCUUGUCCACUACAUGCAUGUGGCAAAGAUUCAGUCCGGGCGUGAAUAUAAGAAAGAAUAUGAAAAGACAAAGACCAAAUAUAAUACUCCAUUGGAUAUGGUCAACGUGGUGGCCGCCAAGAAGUCGCAAGAUAUUGCAAGUGGCAUUGGCUACAAA